AUGGUGCAGGUGUACGCGUCGCCGAGUCGCCGCAAGAUGGACACUAAGGGCGAGGGUGAGGAGAUGACAUACCCCCACAUCUGCUUCAUGGUGGACAACUUUGACGAGGUGUUCUGCGACAUAGUGGUACGUGACGGGGAGAUGGUGUGCGUGGAGCUGGUUGCGCGAGGCCGCGGCUGCGCGCCCCAGGCUGUCAUAUUCCUCGGCUCCAUCCGCUACGACAUACUCACCAGGGUCUACGACUCCAGGCAAACGUCGCUAUCCACGAAAGUGGCGCAGCGCAUGUCUUUCGGGCUGCUGGGAGGGAAGGCGGCGGCGCGGUGUGAGUUCGUGCGGAUGAAGGGGCCCAGCGGCAAGGGACACGCCGAAAUGGCGGUGUCCAGGCCACGGGCCGCCGGGCUUGAUACACCCACCUCCGAGCCCGGCCUGUCCGCCACCGACAUGUGGGACAGCGACUGGGACGACGACCCCGAGGAGAUGUUUAUGUAUAGACAUCAGCGCCGACUGAGCGACCCGAGCGCCAACAUCAACAACUUCGUGCGCGGCGGCUGGCGCACGCGGGACUCGCGCGACAAGAGCCGCUCCGAGAACGAGGGACUCGACUCCCUCGUCAACGGCAUCGCCGAGGUGGAGGCCGGGGACCUGCGCGACGAGCUGGACGACGGCGCGUACAACCCGCUGUGGGCGAUGCGUGGGUUCACGCAGACGUUCCACCUGUGGAAGGAAGGCAAGCGCCAGCAGUCCACGCCGCUCAACGCGUACCUCACGUACGUCACGCUGCCGUGGUGGACCAUCGCCAAAGACAUCCUGGACCACCGCGAGGAGCCGGUGCUGACGUUCUGA